AUGGCGACAACACCACAGGCCGCCGAUGCUUCUGAACACCAGGAACCCUCGACUGUCUCCCAGAGCCUCUCGAUCAUCGACGAUACUAAGAAGAGCGUCGCCCCGUCUGCCAAUAGUAGCGAGGCCAUCACGCCAGUAGAGCUGGUGCAACCGACGGCUGAUUCCGUCGAGCCUGAUCUGGAGGCUAAGCCGGAAGAGGAUGCAGGCUCGCACACAUACGGCUGGCGCUUCUACACCAUCUUUGGCGCACUCGUAGCUGCGACCCUACUAAGCGCCCUCGAUGGCGCCAUCGUCGCCGUCGCACUGCCCACCAUUUCUUCAAGCCUUGAUACUGGCCCUGACUAUGUCUGGGUAGCAAACGUCUAUUUCCUCACUGGAGCCGUAUUCCAACCUCUCUUCGGUCAAAUGUCCGACCUUUGGGGCAGACGAUGGGUCUUCCUCUCCAUUCUCGCUAUCUUUACCCUCGGCAGCGGUCUCUGCGGCGGUGCUAGCUCCUCACAGAUGCUCAUCGCCGCCCGCGCUAUCCAGGGUAUCGGCGGCGGCGGCAUUAAUAUGAUGGUGGACUUAAUAGUAUGCGAUCUAGUGCCAAUGCGAGACCGCGGAAAGUUUCUGGGUAUCCUGUUUGGCAUCAUCGGCAUCUUCACGGCGGUGGGUCCCCUUGUCGGCGGCGCACUUGCGCAGUCCGGCCAGUGGCGGUGGGCCUUCUAUCUGAAUCUUCCCAUCGGCGGACUGUGCAUGCUUGUCACGUUCUUCUUCCUUAGCGUCAAGAGUCGAACCGAGGGGACAUUCGUGGGCAAGAUGCGCCGCAUCGACUGGGGCGGCGUGUCCAUCCUGACCAUCUCCUGUAUCGCCGUAAUGUACGCAGUCACCUAUGGCGGCUCUCUACGCUCCUGGGACGAUCCUUCGGUGCUGGCGCCUCUCGUUGUCGGCCUUGUCCUGCUGGUCGUGUUCGCGCUGUUCGAAGGUUCACCCUUCGUCGCCGAGCCAGUGACGCCAUAUCACCUUUUUGCGAAUAGGACCUCGGCUGCUGCGUUCGCCAUCACCUUUUUGCAUUCCAUCAUGGGCCUUUACAUGGUAUACGUCUACGCUUUGUACUUCCAAGCCGUUGUGGGAGCCAAUCAAACCCUGAGCGGGGUCUACUUGAUGCCGACCGUAAUCGGCUUUCCCCUUUCCGUCACAAUCGGCGGCACCCUCACGACAAAGUUUGGCCGCUACCGACCGCUCCACCUCGUGGGCUUUUCUUUCAUGACGCUGGGUUGCGGUCUCUCUUCUAUUCUCGGGCCCGAUUCCCACCCGGCCAUGUGGGUCUUCUUCCAGUUAUUCCUCGCCAUUGGCAACGGCCUACCCAUGGCCUGUCUCUUGCCCGCCGUCCAAGCCAUGCUUAAGGAGUCUGAUACGGCCCUGAGCACGGGGACUUGGGCUUUUAUCCGCAGUCUCGGCGUCAUCUGGGGUGUCACCAUACCCGCUGCCGUUUUCAAUAAUAGAUUCGACUCGCUGCUGCCCACUAUCCAAGACGAUGGGGCCCGCGCACAGCUCAGUGGCGGUCAGGCAUACGCGCAUGCCACCGCGGCGCUUGUCGAGUCGUUUGGAGGUGAAGUGUCCGAACAGGUCAGGCAUGUGUACAGCCAGAGCAUCCAGAGGGUGUGGCAUAUCGCUCUCGUAGUUAGUGGCUUAAGCCUUCUUUUGUCACUGGUGGAGAAGGAGAUCUCUCUCCGCAAGGAGCUAGAUACAGAAUUUGGUUUAAAGGAAGAGAAGAAAGAGCCAGCAGUGGCCGCAUAG